CUGAGAGGCGAGGCCGGGUGAAACGGCGAGGGCGGCCCGACCGGCGCGGGACGGGACGGGGCAGCGCGGGCCCCGGGAGCUGCGGCCCGGAGUCGGGGUGCCUUGCCCCGGGCCCCCCAGCAUGAAGACCCCGGCAGACACAGGGUUUGCCUUCCCGGAUUGGGCCUACAAGCCGGAGUCGUCCCCUGGCUCGAGGCAGAUCCAGCUGUGGCACUUCAUCCUGGAGCUGCUGCGGAAGGAGGAGUACCAGGGUGUCAUCGCCUGGCAGGGGGACUACGGGGAAUUCGUCAUCAAGGACCCCGACGAGGUGGCCCGGCUCUGGGGUGUCCGCAAGUGCAAGCCCCAGAUGAAUUAUGACAAGCUGAGCCGGGCCCUGCGCUAUUAUUAUAACAAACGCAUCCUGCACAAAACUAAGGGGAAACGGUUCACCUACAAAUUCAACUUCAACAAACUGGUGCUCGUUAAUUACCCUUUCAUUGAUGUGGGGCUGGCUGGGGGUGCGGUGCCCCAGAGUGCCCCUCCGGUGCCAUCGGGCGGCAGCCACUUCCGAUUCCCUCCUUCGACACCCUCGGAGGUGCUGUCCCCCACUGAGGACCCCCGCUCACCACCAGCCUGCUCUUCGUCCUCCUCCUCCCUCUUCUCGGCUGUGGUGGCCCGACGCCUGGGCCGAGGCUCAGUCAGUGACUGUAGCGAUGGCACUUCAGAGCUGGAGGAGCCGCUGGGAGAGGACCCCCGGGCCCGACCACCAGGCCCUCCGGAGUUGGGUGCCUUCCGCGGGCCCCCGCUGGCCCGCCUGCCCCAUGACCCUGGCGUCUUCCGUGUUUACCCCCGGCCCCGGGGUGGCCCUGAGCCCCUGAGCCCCUUCCCCGUGUCCCCUCUGGCUGGGCCUGGCUCCCUGUUACCGCCUCAGCUCUCACCAGCUCUGCCCAUGACGCCCACCCACCUGGCCUACACGCCCUCGCCCACGCUGAGCCCUAUGUAUCCCAGCGGCGGCGGCGGGGGCCCCAGUGGCUCAGGGGGAGGCUCCCACUUCUCCUUCAGCCCCGAGGACAUGAAACGGUACCUGCAGGCCCACACCCAAAGCGUCUACAACUACCACCUCAGCCCCCGCGCCUUCCUGCACUACCCUGGGCUGGUGGUGCCCCAGCCCCAGCGCCCUGACAAGUGCCCGCUGCCACCCAUGGCACCUGAGACCCCGCCGGUCCCCUCAUCGGCCUCGUCCUCCUCCCCCUUCAAGUUUAAGCUCCAACCUCCCCCACUGGGACGCCGGCAGCGGGCAGCUGGCGAGAAGGCUCCAGUGGGCGCUGACAAGAGCGGUGGCAUUGGCAGUGGUGGCAGCACAGGUGGGCUGGCUGAGGGGGUGGGGGCACUGGCCCCACCGCCGCCGCCACCACCACAGAUCAAGGUGGAACCCAUCUCAGAAGGCGAGUCGGAGGAGGUGGAGGUGACUGACAUAAGCGACGAGGAUGAGGAAGAUGGAGAGGUGUUCAAGACACCUCGUGUCCCCCCUGUGCCCCCCAAGCCUGAGCCGGGCGAGGCACCUGGGGCCACGCAGUGCAUGCCCCUAAAGCUGCGCUUUAAACGUCGCUGGAGUGAAGACUGUCGCCUGGAGGGGGGUGGGGGCUCCAGUGGGGGCCUCGAGGAUGAGGGUGAGGACAAGAAGGUGCGAGGGGAGGCUGGGGGUCCCCUCACCCCGAGGCGGGUGAGCUCUGACCUCCAGCACGCCACAGCCCAGCUCUCUCUGGAGCAUCGAGAUUCCUGAGGGCUAUGGGCAGGGGAAUGUCCCCCCACCCCCAAUGCUUCUUUUGCUGCCUUAACUCCCCUGUGUCCUGGAGGUGAGGGCAGCUCUAAUUUCUUCCCUGCCUCCUCCCUUUCCUCUCUCCAUGUUUUGUAUAAAAGUUAAAAAAAAUUUUUUUUAAUUGUGAGGG